AACGAAGAAACAAAGCAGAAGAAAUCAUAAUACAAAGAAUCAAAGUAAAGACCUAACCUCUUUCUAACUCUCCCUCGUCUUGCCUGGUCUAGCUUUUCAGAUCCAGGUAAGGCAGCUAACCCUUUGGGGUUUAACUAGAUAUGGAUUUACGUAGGGGAGGGUUAAAUUAAUUACAGAAAAUCAAGAUAAACGAAAGCUACUAGGAAAAAGAACAAACCCUUUUGAUUUCUCGGGCGUACAGGAAAACGAAACGCUUUCUUCUUCGUCUUUCUCUUGCAAUUAAAACACACUCCAUUUUGUUUUCCUGUACGCCAUUGAGAGAGCUACGUCUCUCUCUUUGGUCUUCGCUUGCUAGUCAUGUCCACCGGAACCAACAUUGUUUUCUUUCUCGCUUUUGUGUCUUCCUUCCUAAGUUUUGGCCUGCAAGCGGCGAGCCCGGACUCGUUGAUGCUCGGCUGCGGCUCAGAAAAUGAAGACACAGAUGCAGACGGGCGAAAAUGGUUACCAGACUCGAAGUUUGUUACUGCUUCGAAUUCCGUUCAGGCCCAAGCUCAGUACCAAGACCCUGCACUCAGUUCCGAGAUCCCAUACAUGAAGGCCAGGAUCUUCACCUCAAAUGCCACGUACAAGUUGUCGGCCAAAUCUAAGCAAAGGUACUUCCUCAGGCUACAUUUCUAUCCUGCAAACUAUGGCAGCCACAAUGCCGAGCAGGCCUUUUUUUCGGUUAUGGCAAAUGGAGUCACAUUGUUGAAGAACUUCAGCGCCUCAAUCACUUGCAAGGCGACCACGCAAGCUUAUAUCGUAAGAGAGUACUCCGUGGCUCCACUCACCAAGGAUGAUCUGGAACUCACAUUUUCGGUCAACACAGGUUUUGCCUUUGUCAAUGGCAUUGAGUUUGUCCCCGCCCCAGAUGACUUAUUCGACCAGGCUACUCUUGUUGGAAAUCCGGAUCAGUCCUUCGACAGCAAGAGCUCGAAUUUGCAGACAUUGUAUAGGUUGAACGUCGGUGGGAGUUCCAUUCCACCAACCAAGGACUCUGGCUCCUUAGGAAGGACUUGGUAUGAUGACGGUAGUUAUAUAUUUGGUGCUAAUGCUGGGGUCCCCAAUCUGGCUGACAAUAAGACGAAAAUUGAGUACAAAGAUAUCCCAGACUAUUCUGCUCCUGUUGAUAUUUAUACCACUGCAAGAUCAAUGGGUCCUAAUGGGUCUGUAAAUAUAAAUAGCAACCUCACAUGGAUGUUCAACCAGGUUGAUACCAAGUACAUGUACAUUGUGAGGCUACACUUUUGCGACAAUAAAAACACCAAAGCGAAUCAGGUUGUAUUCACCAUUUACAUUAACAACCAAACCGCGGAGCCUGCAGCCGAUGUGAUCGGAUGGUCAGGAGGGAUCGGAAAAGCUGCAUACAGAGACUACGCGACAAUACUUGAUGAAAAGAGUGGUGGCGACCUUUGGCUAACUUUGCAUCCUAAUCCGGAUUCAAAACCACAGUACUAUGAUGCAUUGCUCAACGGCGUGGAGAUAUUCAAGCUUGAAACUGGUAAAAGUUUGGCCGGUCCUAAUCCCAAGCCUUCGGAAAUGUUGGAAAAGAACGAGGAAGAGCAAAAGAAAAACUUCGAAAAUCAAAAGGAUAAGGAAACGGGUUCAAACAAAGCUCAUGUGAUUGGUGGAGCCGCAGGAGGAGCUGCAGCUGCUGGGAUAGUGGCUGCAUUGUGCAUUGCUGUGUACCAAAGGAAGAAGCGAGUCCAAGGAACUGAAUCACAUACUAAUAGCUGGCUUCCAAUUUAUGGCAACUCGCACACUAGUGGCACAAAAUCCACAGGUUCGGGCAGGAGUAACGGUAGCAGACACCUAUCGUCAGCUGCUCAAGGCCGGUGCAGGCGCUUCUCAUUUGUUGAGAUGAAACAGGCCACCAAGAAUUUUGAUGAGACUAAUGUGAUUGGUGUUGGAGGGUUUGGGAAGGUGUACAAGGGAGUUAUUGACAAUGGAGCUACCAAAGUGGCCAUCAAGAGGUCUAACCCUCAAUCCGAACAAGGAGUACACGAAUUCCAGACAGAAAUUGAGAUGCUUUCGGAGUUGAGGCACAAGCAUUUGGUUUCUCUUAUUGGAUUCUGUGAGGAAGACAAUGAAAUGUGCUUGGUUUAUGACUACAUGUCACGCGGCACACUUAGAGAGCACAUUUACAAGGGCAACAAGACUCAUUUGUCAUGGAAGCAAAGGCUGGAGAUUUGCAUUGGAGCAGCUAAAGGACUUCACUACCUUCACACAGGGGCAAGAUGGACAAUCAUUCAUAGAGAUGUCAAAACAACAAACAUUCUCUUGGAUGAGAAUUGGGAGGCUAAGGUCUCUGAUUUCGGGCUCUCGAAAACUGGCCCAGACUUGAACAAGGGUCACGUUAGCACAGUAGUGAAGGGUAGCUUUGGGUAUUUGGAUCCUGAAUACUUCAAAAGACAACAACUGACUGAAAAAUCUGAUGUCUACUCCUUUGGGGUUGUCCUAUUUGAGGUGUUGUGUGCAAGGCCUGCUCUAAAUCCAAACCUUCCAAAAGAACAGGUUAGUCUAGCAGAUUGGGCACUACAUUGCCAAAAGAAAGGGAUUCUAGAAGAAAUCAUUGACCCUCAUUUGAAGGGCAAAGUGAACAUGGAAAGCAUCAAUAAAUUUGCAGACACAGCGGAGAAGUGCUUGUCUGAGUGCGGAGUUGAUCGCCCGAGUUUGAAUGACAUCUUGUGGAACCUUGAGUUUGCUCUCCAGUUGCAGGAGGGGACAGAUAGUGGGUCGACAGGAUUGGCGUCACGAACCCGAUCCGACUCUGAUGAUGCUAGUUUGAGAAACCAGCACAUGAUGGCCAUACAUUAUAGCAACCUCAGUCUUGGAAGUGAGAGUGAAAUAGGGGAAGAACAACCACCACCAUCAUCCAAUAACAACGAAGCCGCCCCCGAUAAUGAUAGCGCAAUCUUCUCGCAGAUUGUCAAUCCGACGGGUCGAUAGAGGGUAAUGUCUAACAGGCGUGGGAUGCAAGCAAUGAAACCAGCAUAUAUAGUAGAGAUUACUCGAGAGCAUCGAUGAUGAUGUGCUUUGAUUCUUUGUAUAUUACUUGUUUGCUCCUUUUUCCUUAUAUAAGCCUAUAAGCUGUUUUAGUACUAAUAUUGGACAGGCCAGGUUUCUGUAGCAAAUUGCCCUCUACUCACAGAUGUUCAUCGUUACAGACUCAAGUUUCAUUCUGCCUGGUGCAUGUUCUAUAUGAUAAAUUCCUAUUGAUAUGCAUUAAUUUA